AUGGCUGGAGAGAAAACCGGGAGGAAGGCUUCAAAGCCCAGGAAGAAGGCAGUUUCCCGCUCUUGCCGGGCAGAACUCCAGUUUCUUCUGAGCCGAGUGGAGCGAUACCUGAGAGAAGGCAGCUAUGAGCAGCGGCUGUCCUCCACCACACUAAUCUUCCUCGCUGACAUCCUAGAGUUUCUGACAUCUAACAUCCUGGACCAGGCUGGGAAGGAGGCUCAGGACAAGCACAAGAAACGCAUAGCCCCCAGCACCUGGAGACCGUGA